AUGGCGACGAAUGAUACAGUAAUAUGGACGUUGAUGAUUGUUGUUUUGGUGGUUUUCAUAUCACAAUCUUGUGUUCAUGGAGAAUCACGAGUGCCUUGUUUUUUCAUUUUUGGUGAUUCAUUGGCGGAUAAUGGCAACAACAACCACCUCAAGACCCCGGCUAAAGCCAAUUACCUGCCUUAUGGAAUUGAUUUUCCCAAGGGACCAACAGGAAGAUUUACCAACGGUCGAACCUUCGUUGAUAUAGUAGCUGAACUUUUGGGUUUUGAGAACCCCAUCCCAUGCUUUGCAACUACCAGGCGGCCCAAGGACAUGGUUAGAGGUCUGAAUUAUGCAUCUGGCUCAGCAGGACUUCGAGAUGAAACUGGCACCCAUAUGGGCGCUAAUGUCAACUUAAAUAAGCAGCUGCUGAAUCACAAAGCUACAGUCAAGCACAUUGCUUCUGUAAUGGGACAUAAACAAUCAUCUAAUAAGCACUAUUUAAACAAGUGCUUAUAUUCAGUUGGAAUGGGUAGCAAUGACUACAUGAACAAUUACUUCCAGCCCAAGUUUUAUCCCACCAGUACCAAAUAUAACCCUGAACAAUAUGCUACACUUCUCAUUAAACAAUAUUCUCGCCAAAUAAAGACUUUGUACAUGUAUGGAGCAAGGAAGGUGGCCUUGGUUGGAUUGGGACAAGUAGGUUGCGCUCCGUAUUCAAUUUCGACUGGAACUAAUGGGUCUGCGUGCGUGGAUAAAAUGAACGAUGCAGUUCAAUUUUUCAACGAAAAGCUUAAGUCUCUCGUCGAUCAGCUCAACACCAAUCUCACAGAUGCAAAAUUCAUCUAUGUUAACACUUAUGGAAUGUCUGGAAGUUCAGCGGAGCGUACAACAACUGGAUUGAAGGUUUCGGACGUUAAUUGUUGUCCAGUAAAUGAAAUAGGUCAAUGUGUUCCUUCCGCAGCUCCAUGCAAGAAUAGGAGCGAGCAUAUGUUCUGGGACUUAUUCCAUCCUACUGAGAUGGCCAAUUUAGUCACUGCAAGACGAGCAUACAAUUCUUCUAACCAGUCUGACACUUACCCAAUGAAUAUAGGUCACCUAGCUAAACUUAGGCUAUAA